GUGGAAAAGCCCCCUCGCAAACUCGUUGUGCAAAGUAUCUGUUAAUUUUUCCUUAAAAGUCAAGAAAAAAAGUUUUUAGGAAAAAAAAAUAUUUUUCUUUUUUCUCCUGUAUUUCAUUAUCGUAUGAGAUUUGUUGUUGUUGAGCUUGGUAGAAAGAGUUUUCAGAUUGACAUUCCAACCCAUGUGAAGCGUGCGCUCUGGGAUUGCCGGCUGCACGGCACUCAGCUGCGUGCGUGGGGCGCCGGCGCUGCUGCAGGGCUGCCCAAGCUCUGCCAUUAUUUAGCUGUAAACAUCUAAAUGUUUGUACUCAAAGCUUUCGGAAAUAUGCAAAAACGUUUCAUUUUAAUGGCAUGCGAACCAGGCCUGCUUGGAGCAGAAAGUGAAAAUGAAAGCUUUUAGCGUGUUGGCAGCAAUGCUGCUCUUAAAAUCACUGCACUAAAGGGUUUACAGGAAACGUCUCCUCUGUAUGCCUAUUUCCUGCACCGUGCCAGAGUUCCAACUCUGCUUUAUAAAGUUCAGCAUGUAUACAAUGCAGAGUUGUAGCUGUUGUGUUUAUGUCGUCAGCUGUUUUGGAGUCAGAGGACAGCAUAAUUUCUGAGAGGGGGAAUCAAAAUGUGUAUUUGUGGUUUUCCCAUCUCUGCUACCUCUUACAUCCACCAGGCAAGCGUAACGCUUUUCUUAUGUAAAGCGAUCAUCAGAUUGUACUUAAUUGUGCUUCCUGGGGCUCAGGAGGAAGGAAGGCACUCGGUAGGUGCACUUGUUUACCUCCAUGGUGUGUGCCAACCCUGGGCUUUGCAGUAGUAAAUGAAUCACUGAAACUCCCGUAGCUAUGGCAUUCCCAGUGAGCAUCAGUAUACGUGUUAGGUAAGCUUGUGUUGUGUGAAUAUGUUCAAGUCCUUGAAUUCUGUUGUCAGUUUGGUAGAGCCUUCAAGUAGUGCAAACAUUUUUGUAGUGCAAACAUUUUUUUAUUAUUCAUUAACAAUGUUUAACUAUUAGUCCACGUGACAAACCUUUAGACUUUGAAUUUGUCCAGUGAGUAGUUGGUUCUUCACAGCCAUUCUGGUUUAUUCAGUGAAGCUGAUGUUCAUUUAGGCUUAUCAAAAGGAUUCUUUGCAAAGGUACCUUUCUUCCUUUCCACACAAACAAACAAGGGUGCCAAAAUCUUUUCAGAGGACUUCUGGUUUGGAAGUACUAAGAAAGGUCUUUGAACUCCGAAGUACAACUCAGCUGCACCACUGAUGGCUUUUCGCCAAGUUUGUGGUCUCUAUUAUGGGGUCAGUUUACUCUGGCCCGUGGUCAGACACCCAUAAUUAGCUUUGUGAUUUGUUUUCGGAGUUGGACCUAGGCACCGCGUACCAGCCUAGUAGAAUAAAUUUUAAUACCUGACUGGAACAAAUGGAUCAAUGCAUGUUUCAGGCUCUCCUUUUCUCAGCGUGGUUCCUGGCACACAGCUGAGUUGAGCUGGUCUGAUUCCUAGGGUCAGUGAACGCUCUGUGAAGGAGCAGUAAAGAUGCUCAUUUUAACUUUGGCUUAUCCGUGAGGAAGUUAAUGUCAUUUUUUUCUCUUUUUGCAUUUGUCUUAGAGCGGAGUUUCUGUUGUCCAUUCUGUAUUAACUGGUGGAAGAUGUGUAGCUGAAUGAACUGGAGCGCAUAGCACAGCGUCUAGAUGCUGAGAAUGCUGUUGGACCUCAACUUGUUAAAUGCGUCUGAAUCACCUGAAGGGGAUUCCUGUGAAGAGUUUGCUGCAAGCAAAGAUAUGUGUGAAUUUUCUGCAUGACGACUCCCACACUGGAUUACGUAAUAUUAGAACUUCUGACUCUGUUUUGAUCCUUAAAAAUGAUUAGGGUUGUAUAUGAGAUUUAACCCACUUCUGAUGAGUGAUCUAGACAUGAGUUUACAUCGGCAAAUGGGCUCUGAUCGGGACCUCCAGUCUUCGGCUUCCUCUGUGAGUUUGCCUUCAGUUAAAAAGGCACCAAAGAAAAGAAGAAUUUCCUUGGGCUCUCUUUUUCGGAGGAAAAAAGACACAAAGCGCAAGUCUAGGGAUCUAAAUGGAGGUGUUGAUGGAAUUGCGAGUAUUGAAAGCAUUCAUUCAGAGAUGUGUACAGACAAGAACUCUAUUUUCUCCACAUGUACCUCUUCCGACAAUGGAACAACCUCUAGCAGCAAGCCGAGCGGAGACUUCAUGGAAUGCCCCUUGUGCCUUUUGCGGCACUCCAAGGACAGGUUCCCGGAGAUAAUGACUUGUCACCAUAGAUCUUGUGUGGAUUGCUUGCGUCAGUAUCUCCGGAUAGAAAUCUCAGAGAGCAGAGUUAACAUCAGCUGUCCAGAAUGCUCAGAACGGUUCAACCCUCACGAUAUCCGUUUGAUAUUGAACGAUGACAUCUUGAUGGAAAAAUAUGAGGAGUUUAUGCUCAGGCGAUGGCUUGUUGCGGAUCCUGAUUGUAGGUGGUGCCCAGCUCCUGACUGCGGAUAUGCAGUGAUCGCUUUUGGAUGUGCCAGCUGUCCCAAACUUACAUGCGGACGAGAAGGCUGUGGAACUGAGUUCUGCUAUCACUGUAAGCAGAUUUGGCAUCCGAACCAGACCUGUGAUGCUGCUCGCCAGGAGAGAGCUCAGAGUCUGCGCCUGAGAACAAUUCGUUCCUCGUCUAUCAGCUACAGCCAGGAAUCUGGAGCAGCAGCUGAUGACAUAAAGCCAUGCCCACGCUGUGCUGCUUAUAUAAUAAAAAUGAAUGAUGGAAGCUGCAAUCAUAUGACUUGUGCUGUCUGUGGCUGUGAAUUCUGUUGGCUAUGUAUGAAAGAGAUCUCAGAUUUACACUAUUUAAGCCCAUCAGGUUGCACGUUUUGGGGAAAGAAACCGUGGAGUCGUAAGAAGAAAAUACUGUGGCAACUAGGGACGCUUGUUGGAGCCCCUGUAGGGAUUGCAUUGAUAGCUGGCAUUGCUAUUCCUGCUAUGAUUAUUGGAAUUCCCGUGUACGUGGGACGGAAGAUUCACAAUCGAUACGAAGGCAAAGACAUUUCAAAGCACAAGCGGAACCUGGCUAUCGCAGGUGGUGUAACCCUAUCUGUAAUUGUUUCUCCAGUUGUAGCUGCAGUAACCGUAGGUAUUGGUGUUCCUAUUAUGCUGGCUUAUGUGUACGGAGUUGUUCCGAUUUCCCUCUGCCGAAGUGGAGGCUGUGGUGUUUCAGCAGGCAAUGGAAAAGGUGUCAGGAUAGAAUUUGACGAUGAAAACGAUAUAAAUGUUGGUGGAACAAAUGCAGCUGUAGAUACCACCUCGGUGGCAGAAGCACGUCACAACCCCAGCAUAGGCGAAGGAAGCGUUGGCGGGCUGACUGGCAGCUUGAGUGCCAGUGGCAGCCACAUGGAUAGGAUAGGAGCCAUUCGAGACAACCUGAGUGAAACCGCUAGCACCAUGGCGCUGGCUGGGGCUAGUAUAACAGGCAGUCUCUCGGGAAGUGCAAUGGUGAACUGCUUCAACAGGCUGGAAGUACAAGCAGAUGUGCAGAAAGAACGCUACAGCCUGAGUGGAGAAUCCGGCACAGUUAGCCUGGGAACAGUCAGUGAUAAUGCCAGUACCAAAGCAAUGGCAGGAUCCAUUCUCAACUCCUAUAUCCCUUUGGACAGGGAAGGCAACAGUAUGGAAGUGCAAGUGGAUAUUGAAUCAAAGCCAGCCAAGUUCAGACACAACAGCGGAAGCAGCAGCGUUGAUGACGGCAGUGCUGCAGGUCGGAGCAAUGCUGCGUGCUCAUCGGCCUGCGUGCCAGAAAGUAAAUCUAGUGCCACCAAGUGGUCCAAAGAAACAACAGCAGGAAAAAAAUGUAAAGGCAAGCUGAGAAAGAAGAGCAGCAUGAAGAUAAAUGAGACAAGAGAGGACAUGGAUGCUCAGCUGUUGGAACAACAAAGCACAAACUCCAGUGAAUUUGACUCUCCCUCUCUUAGCGAUAGUAUUCCAUCCGUAGCGGAUUCUCACUCGAGUCAUUUUUCUGAGUUCAGUUGCUCGGAUAUGGAAAGUAUGAAAACUUCCUGUAGCCACGGUUCCAGCGACUAUCACACUCGCUUCACCACGGUCAGCGUUCUCCCAGAGGUGGAAAAUGAUCGCUUGGAAAACUCUCCACAGGCGAGUGGGAUCCCUGCGCCUGUUCCAGCGGCCCCAAGCACUGAUGUUCAACAGCUGAGCUACAUUGCUGAGGAAAGCAUUAAUACCGGGUCUUCAACAGAUGUAGGUCUAGGUGUCGAUGAAAUUCUGAAAGAAACAAACAACAACCAUUCGCAACGUGCUGCGGAAUUAAGCACUGCUAUUCAGACUGAAAUUUAA